AUGGUCUCAGACCAAAGAUCAAAAUUCAAACGAAACAGGAUUUCAUCGACCUGUGCACGCUGUAGAUCCAGGAGGCUCAGGUGUGACAGAAAUAAACCAUUUUGUGAGCGGUGUCUCUUGGAUAAUUGUACUGAUGAAUGUGUUUAUGAUGCCAAAGAAAUCAGAGAAAUCGCAGAAAUUUCUACAAACAGAGAACUUUUAACGAAAAUAAAGCAUUAUGAGGAGAUCAUGGCCUACCAGAAGUCACUUUUGGAUACCUUGAAGCAAUUUCAAAAACCUCCUGGUUCCAAAAGUCCUUCAAAUGAGAUCGAACCUUCGAAGAAUAGUGACAUAUAUCACCAAAAAUUUGACGGAUACGCGAUAUUCGAGUCCAAUCCUACGUAUUUUGAGCCCACUUCAAACAUGAGUCUUAUCUUAGAGGACCCCAGUUUGACUUCCUUGUUUUCUGGUCCCCAUAAUAGGUCACAUGAAAGCUGUUAUAGCGAAGCAGAUUCGGUUGUUCCUGAAAUCACUGCAGGCUUGGGUCGACUACCGCCACUUAGGCACAUCAAUUUGAUGUUGGAUCGUGUUUUUGACUUGUUUUAUCCGUAUCUUCAUUUUUUCGACAAGGAUAUUCUUCUCACACAACUUCACCAUUUGUUGAAAGAUAAUGGUGAGUACAGCACUAUAGAUGGGUCCAAGUCCAACGAGAGCUCGCUCAUAGCUAUUUUGCUCUUGUUGCUAAGAUUUUCCUUCAUCACCAUGUCUCCAGAAAUGACCAAGCAAUUGAAAGACAGUUCCGGUAUCAACAUCAAUGAAUCGUAUGUUGAGUGUGCCAUGGGAUUGUUGAUGUCUCCACAGUCUUUCAAGAACAUAAAGCUACUGAAAAUUCAGGGCUUGAUACUUCUUCUGGUGUACAAGAUGUACUGCCCGGAAGACGACGACACUUCUUUUUCAAUUGCAAUCAUCAAUGGAGCAUUAGUGCAAUCGGCUCGAGUCCUAGGAAUGCACCAGUCUUCCGAAAGAUAUCCACGGCAUCUCUUGGAUGAAUCUGAACUUACUGCCUGGGAAAAGAUCUGGAGUUACAUUUGUUACUUGGACGUUUCUUAUGCGUUUGAUAAAGGUGUGACUCCCGUCACCCAUGUCUCGGAGAUUAUGUCCAUGAAGCCGUUAGCUGCUGGAAAAAAGCACAAUGAAAGGAUCAACCAAUUGGUGGGACAAUGCUCCAAAAGUAUACGCAAGUAUUUGAAUGGCGACAUAAGUCAACGAAAAGUCAAUGAAGCUGAAAGCGAAGAACUUUUGAAAGACCUUUCAAAUUAUCUACUGGAACAGAACAGAUCUUUUUACCAGCUUACCAACAACAAUACCUCACUAACAACCACCGAAAUUGGAGAGAAAGCUAGAGAAUUUGCAUUCAGAUUGGAUUUAAUUCAUAAAGAGUUUCGACUCUAUUUCCUUCUUGGCACCACCAGCAAUGCUAGCAUAAAGACGUCUUCUUUAGCCUUCGAGAGAUGUCUAAUACUACUUCGAAUUCUCCAUCAAAAAGUGGUUGAAACUCGUACUUUUUUCAAUGCGGAUUUCGAUAAGCUAUUUUAUCCUAGAUUAUGGAUAGGCCCUCGAAUGGCGGUGUUUUACUUGUUACGAGUCAUAAAGCGAGUCAUGGAUGGUGAACACUCUCUUGUGGAGUACUUUAGAUACUUCAAUUCUGCCGAUUCAACUGGCUUGAUGGACUGGAUUGAGAUUGAUUUCAACAGUGACCAGGUUUCCUUGAGAAACAUUCUACGAAAAGUAACAGAAAUCUAUAAUAGUGGAUUUGAAUCCAGUACAGUUUACUAUUCUUGUUUCAAAGCGAGCAUGUUCAUGAAGUAUACAUUGGAUUAUGUCGAACAAAAGUUUCCAGAGUUACAUACCGUCGAAAGAAUAUCUCGACAUUCAGCACCAUUCGAAACCAUCUUGGAAGGAUGGAUGAGAAAGGACGAAAAGAAGAAUAUGGCUAAUCUCGAAAGUUCAUUCAAGAGUUUGAACGAUGACUUUGCAGAUUUUUUGGAUGGAAUGGAUGAGUUCUGGCCUAAUUUUGCAUAA